AUGUUGAUGCUUUCGUGCACUAUAAUAAACUUACCGCAAUACCAUGAUUUCUUACGAACUUUGAGAGCUGAUUUUAAAUACGUGUGCACAGAAGGGGCAAAAUACAGGGACAGGUUUUUUGAAAAUCAACUAAAAACAUGGAAAAUGUGCAUUUUUUCCGUAAUUUUCACAAGUUGCAUUGGUGGAGGCGUUGUGAUAUUUACAAGUCUUUGCUUAUUGUGGCACGCUGCAACUCACGAAGCAGGAGAUGGUUCAAAGAGACCGCUUUUAUUUCCAUUUUGGUUCUUUGGAGUGGAUUUUAGUGCAUCGCCAAUCUAUGAAAUAGCAUUUACUUUUUCCAACAUUUGUUCAUUGGCUUAUGCCUAUAGUUAUGUAUUUAUGAUUCAAACGCAAAUAUUGUGGAUUGGUGAAAUAACAGCAAAAGCAGAUCUAAUAAUUUGGUAUAUCCAAGAUCUAAUGGAGGGGCUUCAAUUACCGAACAAUCAAGAAGAGGCUGAUAGGUUCAUAUCAGUAAUAAAAUCUAGAAUGAGAGAAAUAGUACGUGAGCAUCAUUCAAUGUACAUGUAA